AUGGCGAUUCAGUACGUACACAACUUCUUUCGCCGAGAUCCGAGCCGUCCACUCAACGACAAAAAGCUGGAUCGCUUCGUUGAAAAGUCACGAGGACAGUACCAAGCCAAGUUUCUGGACGAGGAGAAGCAGUUCCUUCGGAUCACUCGGACGUUUGUGGAGAGCAACAGCGUGGAGGACACAAUUGACGACGUUUUCAAGGCAAUGAAGAAAAGAGGACUCAAGAAAUACUGGCAGCGGAGGCUCACUGUGACUGGUUGCGACCCAAAUCGUGUCGAGGUUAAGCUUGCAGACCUGGAGUAUUGGGAGAUUUGA